UCUGCGUUAGCUCACACACGCUCCCGACGUCAUCUCUUUCUGGUCUUCCGUGUCAACAUGGCGGCUUCCAUGGCAUCCCAGGCUGCAGCAAGAGGGCUGAGAACAGCGACCUCAAAGCGCUUCCUCCUGGACAAACUCAAGGGCACCUGCUUGAGUCCCAGAAGAUGGCUGAAUCUGCAAGAGUACCAGAGCAAGAAGCUGAUGCAAGAGAGCGGCGUGGCUGUCCAACGUUUCUAUGUGGCCGACACGGCUUCUGAAGCCCUGGAGGCUGCAAAGAGGCUGAAUGCCAAGGAGAUUGUGUUGAAAGCUCAGAUUCUGGCCGGUGGCAGAGGCAAAGGUGUGUUUGACAGUGGCCUUAAAGGUGGAGUGCACUUGACUAAGGACCCUGCUGUGGUUGGGGAACUGGCCAAUAAGAUGCUGGGUUUCAACCUGACCACCAAGCAGACACCCAAAGACGGCGUGAAAGUGAAGACGGUGAUGGUCGCUGAAGCGCUGGACAUCUGCAGGGAGACUUACUUUGCCAUCCUGAUGGACCGCGCCUGUAAUGGUCCUGUCAUGGUAGGCAGCCCUCAGGGAGGUGUGGAUAUCGAGGAGGUGGCCGCCAGCUCCCCAGAACUCAUCUUCAAGGAAGUCAUAGAUAUACUUGACGGGGUGCACGACGACCAGGCACUUCGCAUGGCAGCUAAUUUGGGUUUCAAAGGACCUCUGCAGAGACAGGCAGCCGAUCAGAUAAAGAGGCUGUAUGAUCUGUUCCUGAAAGUCGACGCCACUCAAGUCGAAGUUAAUCCUCUCGGAGAGACUCCUGAAGGACAAGUGGUCUGCUUUGAUGCCAAGAUCAACUUUGACGACAAUGCAGAGUUUCGCCAGAAAGCGGUGUUUGCCAUGGACGACAUGACCGAAAGCGACCCCACAGAGACGGAGGCAGCCAAGUGGGACCUCAAGUAUAUCGGACUGGAUGGAAACAUUGCCUGCUUUGUGAAUGGAGCUGGUCUUGCCAUGGCCACAUGUGACAUCAUUGACCUGCAUGGAGGAAAGCCAGCCAACUUCCUGGACCUGGGGGGAGGAGUCAAAGAGAGGCAGGUGUACGAGGCAUUCAAGCUGCUGACUGCCGACCCUAAGGUCGAGGCCAUCCUGGUCAACAUCUUUGGUGGAAUCGUCAACUGUGCCAUCAUCGCCAACGGCAUCACCAAGGCGUGUCGAGAGCUGGAGCUGAAGGUGCCGCUGGUGGUCAGGCUUGAAGGGACCAACGUCCACGAGGCCAAGAGGAUCCUGACCGAGAGCGGCCUGCCAAUCACUUCAGCGGAGAACCUGGAUGACGCCGCCAAGAAAGCAGUGGCCGCCAUCAGGAAGUAGAAAAAAGUCGUGCACGCCGCGUCCUCUCAUCACCGACGACCCUCAGCGUCCGCCUUUUCUUACACAUGCAGACCUCCGGUUGCUCCAAUAGGCGUUUUUGUUUCAACACCAGCUUCCCAACAAUCCUUUCAGUGCCGACCCGGUGUCUUUACCGCAGGUUUGCGGAUGCGGCGUCAUCUCGAUGCGCUGCAGAAUUCAAAUGUGAAACGAUGCAGUGUUGAUUUUGCAGAUUUUAGCUUUUAAUUAUUUUGUUCUGUUGUUUAAGGUUUGUCCACAUAAUUUUUAAUCAUGCAUCUUUGGUGAGGUCCUUCACACACACCGCAAACUAUAAUCCACCACUUGGUGCAUUCCAUUCCCCAAGGCGACGGACGCUUCUCUUCGCGUUGUGUGCACUGUAUGACUGAGCUGAUGUUAACUUUGGAUCAGCCUGUGUGCAAACAAAAUCUAUCGAUCCAUCCAAUGCCUUAUCUGUGUAUCAAAUGAGGUCAAUGAAGUACCCUCGCUGUGAAAUGUGUACAGCGUGUCUUAAUUGUGAAGCGCUCUCGGGCAAACACUGUGUCAACUCUUUAAAUCUGUGCCUGUUUAAUGGAGGUUUUUUUUUU